AUGUGGUGGUCCCACAGCCAUAUUCGAAAGCGCGCCUCUAUGGCUGCCAUGGAAGUUCCCCUGGAAAGCGAAAGGGAUGAUUACAUCACCCACGACUACGAUAUGGGAGACCUGGAGAGGGAGUCAACAAUGGACGAAAACGCGGCAGUAGAGGGCCCAUCUACCAAGACAUCGACCUUCUCAUGCUGUCCCACUGUCCAACUCUGCCUGAUCUAUGUCGAUGGCAAAGACGUCAUCUUCUUUGAUUUGCUUCCACCUGCGUCAUUCGACAGUGCGUUCAACGGUAUUGUGAUACUGCCGCCGAUACAACAACUAGUCUCAGAUCACCGAUUCAAUGGAGUCUUAAAUGGUCUGCAUGUCCAGGUUCGAGGGCGGAAACACGGCUGUGUGGCUAUCUACGCUGCUACCGACAACAAGCCAUCCAAGGUCAGAUGGCAGAAAUUACGGUUCAGCGGCCGAGUAGUAGAGAGUGUACGAGCCAUUUUCAAUUCCGUCUUCUGGGAUGCCGGUGGCUCUGUUUCGGCCCUGCAUCGCCAUGGAACAACUAUAUACCCAUUUCUGGAACUCGCGAUGGUGCCCAGGGUCACUUCAGGGCUGCAGCAAAAACUACAACAAUUUCCUGUCCCCCAGAGACGACGAUGCUUCAACGACAAGGCCAUUUCGAAGACCUUUGAAACGCCUCAUCUCGUCCAACACAUGGGUUGGCUCUGGGUCCGUCUUGUAUACAUUCAACAACUCAAGGCCAUCUUUCUUCACAUGCCAGACAUCAUCGCCAAUGAACACAGUUUCAACCCUGAAGCUGGGGUGUACCAAUGCUGCAGGCACCGACGUGUCCUGGGCUUUCGGGGUGCCAAGGGGCGGUUCAAUCAAUAUGAAAUCGGCAAUCUUGCUGGCGUCAACUGUAUCAUGCUUUGCACUGUCUUAUGGUCACCGGAUGAAGUCUCGUACUCUCUUGGCUCUGAUGCCUACCCCCACAGGCUUCGUCUAUCGAAUAUAUAUCCUUGCCCAUUCCGUCGGUUAAUGGUUCACUGGAAGAUAUCAACCGUGGUAACCCUCAUGGUUUUGGCUAUCGGCCAUAGACAAAACAGGACGCAUCAUCUUCCCAAACCACAGGGUGGUCACAACAACACAGGGAUCACAAAGCGAGCAAGACAGUAG